CAGGACAUGGGCUGCUUAGGUAGUAAAGACCGCCUGUCCAAGGAGGACAUGGACUUUCUCAAAUCGCACACCCGAUACGAUGAGUCCACAAUCAAGGAAUGGUACAAAGGCUUCAAGCAAGAUUGUCCAAACGGCAAGCUAACGCCAGCGAAGUUUGUAGAUAUGUACAAAAUGUUCUUCCCGUCGGGCAAUGCAGAAGAGUUUUGCGAUCAUGUCUUUCGAACGUUCGAUAUGGAUAAGAAUGGUUAUAUCGAUUUUAAGGAAUUUCUGUUAGCUAUUGAUGUAACCUCGAGCGGCACACCGGAGGAGAAGCUAAAAUGGGCGUUUAGGAUGUACGAUGUAGACGGUAACGGCGUAAUAGACAUUCAAGAAAUGACUAAAAUAGUGCAGGCAAUAUACGAUAUGCUUGGCGCGUGCUCAUCGAACAAACCGGCCGACUCGGCGGAAGAGCGCGCGAAAAACAUCUUCGCCAAGAUGGAUGAAAAUAACGACGGUCAGCUGACGCAGGACGAAUUCCUGAAGGGUUGCCUGCAGGACGAGGAACUGUCGAAAAUGCUCGCACCCUAAGCGGGGAUGGGGGACGAUGUACCCGGAACGUGGGUGGGCACGAACCUACCCAACCCCCACAACCCCCCUAAUCAUUGCCAUAUAUAAGACACCAUACAAUCAUACUUUUUUGCACACAUCCCCUAGCGCAAAGCAAACCAAACCAAACAAGCCAGACAGAAGAAGGAAAGAAAAAACAGGCAAAUAAGAAUACAAAAUACAACAUACAAACGUCGGGAAAGCGAAAACGGAAAAUGGAAUCGAACCAGACAAAAGGCGCUGCAGCGAUUGGGACGGAAGCAAACUAUCCGGAGGCAAAAUUUACGAACCUAGCGAGAAUGAGAAUGGGAAGCGAUAAAGCAUAAUAUAGCAAGAUGACAGUACUAUAUAUAGAGAGAUAUAUAUAUAUAUACACACACAUACAUACAUAUAUUUAGACGAAAAAGUAGGAAGCGCAACGAUCCAUAUGAACCAUCAUACGAAAUGAUAGAGACCGGUGCGAUACCGACCACACCAGCCCCACCAGGACUGGUGUAGGAGCAUAGCACGCGGACACGUAACGUCCUUGUUCGCUACAAUUAGAAGUUGUGUCCCCGAAACUCGUGCUCGAUUAGAAUCGAAGCCUUCAAACCGGGCUUAGAGCUUUCAUUCCAACCCAGCUCUCGCGCGCAACACUCUCCGCGCUGUGUUGUGUCGCAGCGGAGGCGCGGUAAAGGUUACAGAACCAUUCGCAUUCGGAACCGGCGCAGCACCUCUCAAUCAGAGUGUUUUGCUUUACUCUAGUCUCGCACCCCCCUUAUCAGCGUCCCCGUGUUUGCGGGGGGAGUGGACACCAUCACCCCAUAGUCUAGGAUUCGGAUUGUAUGGAACAUAUUUCCCGUACAGCAGCAGCAGCAGCAAAGCGUAUUGCAGCGACUGGUGGCUUCUGUCGAACCGCUUGGCUCUGUCGGUGUGUGCAUCCUCGAGGUCGAUGAAAAUUUAAUAAGAAAAUGGAAAGCCUCCUCCACCUGUGCGCUAGGGGAGAGGGGGAGGGAGGAGGAGAAGGAGGAAGUCGCAAGAGGGAAGACAAACCUUUAGGGAAUUUAUGCGUGCGAGCGCCUAACCACAUUUAGCUGUAAUAGUACUCACGUCCUGCCAAGCGUCCAAAAAACAAAACAAAAAAACAAGCCUACUACCAUUUGCUGAUGUUGAUGCUACGAUGUAAUGAUAUAUUGAUGAGAAUUUGAUACAAAGAGUAGUUGUGGGCGCGCACGUGUGUUGUCUGUGUGAUUCCAUGCAUGGACCCACGUGCCCCCACACGCUCUUAGCGCGCGAGUCAAUCGAAGGGUAUGUAAUGCCCCUCUCUACAAGAGCUAAGAUCUAAUCUAGGAUAAAUGUCGAACGGUAAAGGAAAAGCGUCGUUAUUGUUUGUUUACCUCUCUAUUUCUCUGCCGGCUACAUGGCAUCGAGUAGCGAUGGACCAGAAAGUCGAUCUCAACACUAGCGGAGCUACAUUGCGAACAUUUUAUUUUGGAUGCUUUUCUCUAAAAUCAGGCCAAUGGGAAGGAAAAGGGUGUUUAGGAUAUAGCUGUGUGUAUGCGCAACCGGUGUGUGGGUGUAUGAGCGUGCUUAGUAGCUUCUCGUUAGUAGUCGUCACCAAUUGGAAAGGGAAUCAAUCGGGGCGCGUUUGUCGUGAUGGUAUAAUGAUGGUCUUAAGAUGGUUUAACACAUAUUCCACAAAAGCAUAAACACACAGCCCACGCACACAAACACGCCGAGAGGUGCACAAUGGUGCACAAGAGACCGCGCCGCUUGGCGCUUAUAAAGAUGUUCAUCACAGCGAACUUUGACGAUAAUUGACGCACUGGACAUAAUGAGUAGAUGAAGACAUGAAGCUGUAGUC